AUGUCCACUCGCGCUCCUGUGGUUGUUCGUGGCGGUGGCUUUGGUCUAGACGCCGAGCUGGCACGUAAGGCGGCCGAGCGCUACGACUACAACAUGGAGAACGAGGCGCGUGCGUGGCUCGAAGCCAUCUCGGACAUGCAGAUCGGCGACGACUUUGGCGAAGGGUUGCGUGACGGCGUGCUCCUCUGCACCGUGGCCAAUCGGAUUCACCCGGGCGUCGUCAAGCGCACGGAGACCAAGUCCAAGAUGCCUUUCAAGCUCAUGGAAAACGUGUCGUCGUUUAUCAAGGCCUGCCGCGUCAUGGGCGUGAGCGAGUUUGACCUGUUCGAGACAGUCGAUCUGUUUGAGCGCAAGGACUUGGGCAACGUGGUGCGCUGCAUCUUCGCACUAGGACGUGCCGUGCAGCGCAAUUACCCCAAGUUUGAAGGUCCGACGCUAGGCGUCAAGGAGAGCAGCAAGAACCAGCGCUCCUUUACGUCUGACCAGCUUGCGGAUGGAAAGAACAUCCCCGCGCAGCAGACGCUGGGCAGUUUCCGGACAAUGAAGCGACAGACGACUUCGUAUACGAACAAUGUCAUGCUUGGAGCUGAUGCUGCCCAGAGCGCGUACCGGGCGCCGCCGCCUCCGCCGCCUCCGUCGGCCGAGAAGAUCGAGCAGUUGUCUCGGUUCCGCAAGGCGGACCAAUUGACGAUGUUCGGUUCACAACCUACGGGUAAAGUACCACCGUUUAAGCGCGCCCUGUCAAAGGAGGAAGUUGCGGCGACGGUUGCAGAGCUUUCCGAUGAUAUGGACAAAGCGGGCUUGGGCGACAAGAAGGUUACCUCGUCAAGGCCUGCGCUAAACCGCGUGGCUGAUAGCGCUGGACCAACAGCUGAAGAAGAGGCGCAAGGGUGGAUUGAGGCGGUGCUCGGCGAGAAAUUUCUGGCGAGCUUUGGUGAUAGCUUGAAAGAUGGUGUCAUGCUAUGCACGGUGAUGAACAGAAUCAAGCCUGGAUUGAUCCCGCGCAUUCAGACUUCACCAACGCCUUUCAAGCAGAUGGAGAACGUCAGCAACUUUGUUCGCGCGUGUCGCACUAUUGGGGUUGCAGAGUUCGACCUAUUUGAGACGGUCGACUUGUACAACCAAACGAACCUCGCGCAAGUUGCGCAGUGUAUCCAUGCGCUGGGUCGUACGAUUCAGAAGACCAUGCCUGCAUACGAUGGCCCUCGCCUUGGUGUCAAGGAGUCAACCGUGAAUUUGCGGCAGUUUUCUGAUGCUCAGCUUCGUGAAGCAGCUUCCGCCGUGCCAGUGCUGGCACACGCUAGUCAAUCGGUGAUGGAGCGACGUCCGUUUGAUCAUUCUGCAUCAAUCACUUUUCGCUACGACACUGCUGCCGCCGCCGCUGCGGCUGCCGAUAAGUUGGCCACUGGAAAGACUUCGUUGAAGCCGGAAAGUAACACGGUUGAGCAAGAAGUUUCGUUGGAGACGUUCGCUGAACCUGCACUUACAAAUAAUGAGGUGGACGCCCCGCUGGCGUCUGAACCGGCGAGUGUGGACACUGAGGCUGCUCCGACGCCGGAAUCGGAGAGCGUGGACACUGAGGUUGUCUCGCCACCAAAGUCGGAGAGCGUUGACACUGAUGUUGUCUCGAUGCCGGAGUCGGAAAGCAUGGACACUGAGGUUGCCCCGUUGCCGGAGUCGGGGAGCUGCAAAGAAGCGCUAGUAAAGGUGCAAGGGCCUGGCUGGUUAGCGCAGCGUGUGAUGGCACUGAACGCCGGUAGCGUCGGCAAGUCACACAUGCAUGCUGGUGGCUCUACUGCUGUGCUCCCGACCCGUACCGUCUGGAGCUAG